AUGUCUUUAUCAAAGCAAGACAUGAAGUACCUGGCAAACGGCAAGGUCGUUACCGAAGAGGCCCUCAUUGCCAUCGCGGCAGCUAAACGCGAUGACUUCGAGAAAUGGUGUGAGGCACGCCAGUUCCAGCACUUUUUGAUGAGAACUCGUCUGGGGAGCCCAUCAGAUCCAAUGACCCUCCCACGUCUUCAAAGUGGGCAGCUGAUGAGAUGUUCCAUCUCAGGCCUGCAAGAGAACCGGACGUAUAUGGACGGGAAGCUUGGUCAAGAUACGACUUCCAGAGUUCACACAAAUAAGAAGAACACGGCAAAUGUCAAAGAAGGCCCUCAAUUUAUUGACGAUGACCUUAUCGCAUUUGCUUAA